CAAAAAUGGCGUACGCGUAGGUUGUGCGUUACUGUUAUCUUUUUGUUUAAUUUCAAAAUUUUAAAACUGUUGACAUAAAACUAAGAGAAAUAUGGGUCGGUCGCCAAGUCCAAGGCGGCGGGAAGAUCGGUUAGAUCGGCGGAGAAACAGAGAUCACGACCGGGACCGGGACCGCGAGAGGCGGAGACAGCGCACGCGAUCCAGGUCCCGCUCUUUAGACCGCAGACGACGCUCUCCUGACCGAAGGCGGUCACCUUCGCCCGUUAGAAGACGCCGUUCUCGUUCCAUAUCCCCAGGGCCUUCUUCGUCUUUUAUAGCUAAAAAGAAGACUUUCGGGGAGCGGCCGAUCGUCACUCCCGCUGAUUUGGAGGGAAAAUCUCCUGAGGAACAAGAAAUGUUGAAAGUUAUGGGCUUUUGCGGCUUCGACACGACGAAAGGUAAGAAAGUAGAGGAUAACGUUGAAGGCGAGGUCCACGUUGUUUUAAAACGGAAAUACCGACAGUACAUGAAUAGGAAAGGAGGUUUCAAUCGGCCGUUGGACUUUGUCGCGUAGCACCGACCCGUAUACGGUUCCGCACAAUCUAGUUUUUGUAGAAUAUCAGUUUUCUCAAGUUUUACGACAUUUUGAAUGUUGUGAUAUUACUGUUGCUUGUGAACACACUGAUAUUGAUUGCGCAUAUUGUCUCAUAGUCUGAUUCAAGCAUGGGGCUGAAACUAAUAAUAUAUGAAUGGGAUUCUACUUCCCAUCUGUAUAACCAUGAGCUUAUCACAGCCUAGAAGUAGCCAUCGAAAUAUGGUAUUUUAACUGUUAAAUAAUUUAUUUGGGGAUUGAUCAGCAGUGUUUAAUAAUAGAUGGAAAUUAUUUUUUUUUUAAUAAUAUAAGGAUGCUAAGUACAAAGAAAUUUGUAGAUUUACCGACCACAUUUUAUCAUUAUUAAAUGUAUUACUCAGUAUUACUGAAAAAGAUGUGAAUCGGGAAUAGUUCUAUGCCAUCAGAAAUAAUGAUUUCUAAAUGGGUUGGUGAUGUAUGAAAUUCUUUGUGUUUAACAUCCUUUUUAUUAAAGUAUGACCAAGUUAAUUGGGCAGUAAUAUUGAUAGCCCCGGAUGAGCUGGUGUUAUUUAAAAACAAUUACUUAACACUUGUACAGGCUGGGCUAUCAAAUAUCUGCCAAUUUAUUAUUUAUCUUGGUUUUUAUGUCCUUUUUUUGCACUUACCAAGUAGGUGACAGAUCAAACAAGAUGGCUGCCACAUAAAGGUGUGUUCGCAUGUAACAUGUGUUGAUUCCAUUUUUUACUUAGCAUAAGUGUUAUGACCAUGUUUACCAUGUUGUAUUGAGAGAAGCCUUUGUCUAGAUUUUUGAAUAGCCUUUCUCAUAUCUUAGAAUAAAACAAAAAAAACCUUGCAAAUUUUUGGUUAGACAAAAACUAGCAAUUUUUAUUAUCUACAUUU